AGCACCAGGAAAGAGAAGAGUUCAGCCAGAAUCGGCUCGAAGGAGGAAAAUCAGAUCUGGUGUGGAGGGAGCAGCUCUCUGCCCAAGGAGUUGAGAUGGUGCGGUGGCUCUACCUGUCCGGGCUGGUGUUUGCUGUGCUCAUCCCGGCCGGAUGGCAGGUGUCUCCCGAGGACUUGGAGGACCUGUCCAGGUGGGAGUUGUUCGGACCCCAGAACUCCCAGAGCUUCCCGACCCACAUCAAGCGACACUCAGAGGGGACCUUCACGAGUGACUUCACGCGGUACCUGGACAGGAUGAAGGCCAAGGACUUCGUGCAUUGGCUCAUCAACACAAAGAGGUGCCUGGAACAGGGAGGGAUUGUGCUGGGAAACAACCACCCACCACCCCAGCCCUGAUCCUGAUGGGGAGCUGGAGAGGGACCUGGAGCAGUGCCAGGAUACAGGGACUGGCUUCCACUGCAGAGGGCAGG